GCGAAUGUGAUCCUUGUAUAUAUGCAUAUCAGUCUCCACAAUACCGGAUAUUGGAGGAAACCAGUCGCACGAAGGCAAGUUUACAGUGUGCAUGCUUGUAAAUGGUGUGAAGGUCAGUAGAACUUUUCGGAAUUAUACUGCCUUAUCUGUUGAGUCCUUAUGGAACUUGACCAAAAAGAAAGUCUGCGGCGCCAUCGCGUGGCAAUAACUGAUGAUUUGGAGCCAAAAGAGGUGUUGGACUACUUAAAUCAAGAUGGCGUCCUCACAGAUAACGACUGCGAGCUUGUGUCCACGGGUAAGACAAGAAAGGUGCGCUGUCAGCUGCUGCUGUCUCUCCUUCCUCGCCGAGGACCCAGUGCAUACGGGGCCUUCACUCGCGCCCUUGGUGACGCUCGAUACGAACACAUUCAACAGCUGCUCAUGCCUGCAGACGACAGCGGAGAAAUUGGUUCUGGAACUGAGGCAUUUUCGACGGAGAUAAAAGAACUCGUUGAGACAUGCUCAACUGAAAGAAAAGAAUUCGAAGAUGCAUGUUCGACAAGGAAAAAAGAAAUUUCUGAUUCAGGUGACGAAACGUUACGUAAGAAUGUCUUAACCAAUGCAAUGAGUGAUGAAUCUCAACCGAAACGACUAGCAUCCACGACCGAAAACGCGAGAAACGAUGCAGAACACAACCCUUGUACUAAGUGCCGAAAUCUUCUCAUCGGUGUAUCAGGUAAUAAACAAUUAUCCAGUCUUUUACACCGACAUUGCUGUCUCUUUUUCGAUAACGUUGAGCCGAUAGAUUUGAUUGAUCAUCAUUUCCAAGAAGGCGUUUUGAGCGAUGAUGAAUGCGAGCGCGUGCGGGCAGGAGCAACGCGAAAGGACAGAUGUGAGACUCUGUUCAAGGAGUUGGCAAAGCGCCCAGCAGCCAACGGGGUUCUUUCAACGUUAAAAAAAUCUCUGGAGAAAAAGUACAACUUUAUCCUUGAUCGCAUUGAUGACGACAUCCACGGCCAACUGACAGAAGUUCCUGGCGAUUUAUCACCAUCAAGAAAACAAGAGGUACGCCAGAAGCGACAUGAAAACGUAUUCCACGACGAUAAUUCACUCACUACCGUUGACGGUGCCAAAGUGUAUGUUGAAAAAUCGGCCAGCAAAUCUUGUCAGAAACAAGAAUCUCCGCAUCCAAAGAAGAUACCUAAGUGCCAGAAUCGAGUUGCCACACCAAAAGUAAGUUCUGAUACGGACUCCGACGGUUAUCUUCAGAUUGCGACAAGAAAACGGCAGCAGCGAAGGCGAAAAACACGCCAACGUGAUGAACAACAUGGCGACGUGGUUGUCAUUCACCAUUCACCCAAAACACUAUUUACGACAAAGCCAAGCUCGACGUUCACUGAAUCUGCCGCUUGCAAACGCUUGUCAGUGGCCUUCAAUUACCUCAGCACUCUCAUCAACCAGGGCUGUUAUGAGGAAUUCGAGUCAGUUUCUGCCAACCUCCAGAACCAGUAUGUCCACGAGCCCGACAUGACUUGUCUGCUAUCGUAUCUCCACGCAAGUAGGGACCUGUUUAAAAACGACUUUGAUGCAGCAAAGCGUCACAUUGACCUCGCGUUUGAGACCGUCCCUAAGACCUCGGACCCAAAGUACUUCACGGUGGAGCUCUUUACCGCAAAGACGCGCAUGUACGUCACCCAGAAGAGACUCGAAAAGCUCGAGAAUGCCCUGGAUGACGUCAAGCAAAUCAUCGAGACUGAUCCAACCGGAUGCACCGGCCGAGCCGCCGGAUGGCUAUACAUGAACGACGGUCGGAGCAAAACCUCGCAAAUGACCACGCUGAACCCUUACAACCGAAACUACUUGACCAACUACAGCCAGCUCCACGCCAUGGCCAAGGAAAGCUUUCAGCGUGCCCUUGAAAACUUCCAGCGGGACGGGGGCAAGGAUGGGCCGCUUGGAAGCGGCUACGCGAUAUGCCGGCUCUGCAUCCUGCUCCUCAAAUGCGGGGACAACGGUUUGACAAUGAACACUCUCCACCCUUCCGAGGACGACGUUAAAACCGCAGGUGGUUAUAUUCGCCAAUUAGAGGACUCCUCUAUUCCAAUUCCCAAAAUUCUCGAGGUUCACUUACUUCUUGGGAAGUGCGACUAUCAAUUCAGAAGAGGAAACAUCGUGAGAGCCCUAGAGCACGCAGAGGCUGCUCUGAGCCUCGCCACGCAACUAAACAUGCUAGAGUUUACAGAGCAUGCGCGGAAUAGAGUCGUGUUUUUGAAAACGGAGACCCCGUUGCAGUUAAAAGAAGUGACGGAUGAGAAAGAUCUGGCAGUUCUGUUUGAGAAAAACUCGGAAACAGCAGAAGAAACUGAUGGAAUUACAUCGGCUUAAAUGCUACGUUGUUGCUAAUUAAAAGAGACCAUCGAGAGUCUCACUAAAAAUAACCUUAAAAAGUUAAAAUUUAAAAGGCUAUAGGAAUUCAGCAGUGGGACAGAAUAAUGUAUAGGCCUACAUACGCGAAGUAGAGGGUAAAUGGAAUGCCAACAGCAGUGACUGAUUAAUAUUUUUCUUCGGAAUACGAGUUGGCCUCAUUAUAAAUUUUAACAUAUUAUCA